AAACGCUAGAAUGUUCGAGAGCGUGAUAAUUAUUGUCCCGGAGACAGUUCCACGUAAUGGAUGGAGAAUGUUCGAGACGGCGAAUCUCCUGCGUCCGUAGAUAUUUCCACGUAAUGGAAGGAAUAUUAAAUGCUAGAAUGUUCGAGACCCCAGAAACUCAUGACCAUUUUCCAUCUUACUCACAGUUAGCUCCUAGCUCUAUAUAUACUUUCCUUUUCUCCCAUCGCUAUCCAAUUGUUUUACACGUCCAAGAAAUCUUGCAUUUGCACCAUGUUUCUGGAGAUGGAAUGCGGUGGAGUUCCGCUGUAUUACAGCCUUCUUGGCGUCACUUCGGACGCUUCCGACCACGAAAUCCGACGAGCUUAUCGUAAGCUUGCUAUGCAAUGGCAUCCCGAUAAAUGGACCAGAACCCCUUCUCUUCUUGGUGAGGCCAAACACAGAUUUCAGCAAAUCCAAGAAGCUUAUUCAGUGUUAUCAGAUAGAAGUAAGAGGAUGCUAUAUGAUGCAGGGCUGUACAGCUGUGAAGAUGAGGAUGAGGUGGAGGGAUUCGAUGAUUUUCUUGGUGAAAUGGUGUCUCUCAUGAAAGAUGUGAGGGAAGAGGAAAAUAAUUACAGCAUGAGUGAAGUGCAGAGCAUGUUUUGGGAGAUGGCACAAGAUUUUCAGAUGGCGGAGUCGGUGCAGCAGCAAAACGCGUGUGAUUCGCAGUGGGGUUUAUAUGAUGAGUGUGGCGAUGUGGGCAACAGUUGGUGGGAAGCGAGCAUGACACUGAAUCCGCAGUUGGGCAGCUUCGACACUUUUGGCGCACACAACUUGUGCAGAUGAAGAUGAAGGAUUGAUUCCUUUUAAUGUUUGGAAUAGGAUUAGAGAGGAUCUGAGUAUUUGUUUUCUAGGCAUUGUAUUCCUCACUCAUACUCCAACACAAGAAGUGUACAUUUUCUAUAUGUUGAAGGCCAGGGAAACACUUUUUUCAA